AUGGGCAGUGGCGGAAUGGGCGGUGGAGGAAUGGGCGGCGGAAGGAUGGGCGGCGGAGGAAUGGGCGGGGAGGGAAUGGGCAGCGACGAUGGUGGAAUGGGCGGCGGAGGAAUGGGUGGCGCAGGGAUGGGCGGCAGAGGGAUGGGCAGCGAAGGGAUGGGCGGCGGAGGGAUGGGCGGCGGAGGGAUGGGCGGCGGUGGAAUGGGCGGCGGCAGAACGGGCUACGGCGGAAUGGGUGGCGGAGGGAUGGGCGGUGAUGGAAUGGGCAGCGGCGGAAUGGGCGGUGGCGGAAUGGGUGGCGGAGCCAUAGGUCCUAGGGGGAACAUGGGCGGAAUCAUGGGUGGCGGUAUAGGCGGCGGAGGAAUGGGCGGCGGAGGAAUGGGAGGGGAAGGCAUGGGCGGCGGCGGAAAGGGCGGCGGCGGCAUGGCUGGCGGCGGAAUGGGUGGCGGCGGCAUGGGUGGCGGCGGAAUGAGCGGUGGUGGAAUGGGCGGUAGAGGAAUGGGAGGGGGAGGCGUGGGUGGCGGAGGAAUGGUCAAUGGUGGAAUGGGCGGCGGCGGAAUGGACGGCGGCGGCAUGGGUGGCGGCGGAAUGGACGGGGGCGGAAUGGGCGGUGGCGGCGGCAUGGCCGGAGGCGGAAAGGGCGGGGGCAUGGGCAGACCUCGUUCCUCUGCUCCUGAAUUGCAAUCAGCCAUGGGUCCUAGGGGGAACAUGGGCAGCGGAGGAAUGAGGGGCGGCGGAAUGGGAGGCAGAGGCAUGGGCGGCGGAACGGGCGGCGGAGGCAUGGGUGGCGGAGGUAUGGGCAGCAGAGGUACGGUCGGCGGAGGUACGGGCAAGUCAAGGUGGUUUUCUCUAGGGUCGCAAGCAGCACCCGGCCAGGGUGGACCAGGGAUGGGCGGAGGGAUGGGCGGAGGGAUGGGCGGGGGGAUGGGCGGAGGGAUGGGCGGGGGGAUGCGUGGGGGGAUGGGCGGAGGGAUGGGCGGAGGGAUGGGCGGGGGGAUGGGCGGAGGGAUGGGCGGAGGGAUGGGCGGUGUGAGGAUCUAG